AUGGCCUGCGAAUCCUGCUGGUCACAGACGCGCGGCCUGGCGAGGGUCAGGGCCUCCGCCCGAGCAUCGGCCAGCUUCGCCCCUUGGCGGACCGUCCAGCACGCCCGCCCGACGAGCCCGCGCCUCCCGCAGCGGCCACCGACGCGCGCGUUCGGCGACACCGCCCCCCGCCGCAUCCUGGGCAUGGGGUCCUCGCUGCGGGAGUCGUACCGCGUCCUAGGCGCAACCGAGAAGCUGUACAAGGCGUGCGCCCAGCCGGCAGACUACCACAUCAGCGAGGCGGCCCGCAAGAACGACCGCGUGCGGCGCCUGCCGGACGGCGAAGAGCUGGGCGAGCCCCUGGACGGCCGCAACGUCUGGCACAAGACUUUCGGGCUGCAGCCCAGCUUCAGCACGUGGUCCCACGUCACGAUGCUGCAUCUGUAUCUGCUCAACGCCCGGGUGCGCUGCCUCGAGCGCGACGCCUACCGCAACUGGCAGCAGCAGCUGGUGGACCACUUCUUCUUCGACUGCGAGAAGAAGAUGCACCUGGACCACGGCAUCACGUCGUCGGCCCUGCGGCAGCGCUACCUCAAGGACAUCUUCGUCCAGUGGCGCGGGCUGCUGCUCGCGUACGACGAGGGCCUCGUCAAGGGCGACGCCAUCCUCGCCAGCGCCGUCUGGAGGAACCUGUUCAAGGGGUCGGCCGACGCGGACCCCAGGGCGCUGUGCGCCGUCGUGGGCUGGAUGAGGAGCUGCCUCGCGUCGCUGGAGCUGGUGUCGGACGCCGACUUUGCGCACCGGGCCGCCGACACCCUGGCCAAGCCGGUCGACGGGUUCUGGACGAGGCUGGAGGAGCCGUUUAAGCGGGCGUUUGUGGAGGAAGUGUCACGGGGGGCAGAUGCGAACGGAUGCGGCGGGCAAGGAGGGGCUCGCCUAGCUUGA